ACAAGAGCGAUGAACAAAAUUAAGAGGGGAUCAUGUGAUUAUAGUACAAAAGGGAGGUGGAUCAAAGAUAACAACAGCUAUCCUUUGUACACAUAUCGUUCUUGUCCUUUCAUUGAAAAAGGUUUUAAUUGUGAAGGUAAUGGGAGAUUAGACACAGAUUUCAUGAAGUGGAGGUGGCAACCAGAAGAUUGUGACAUUCCAAGGUUCAAUGCAAGGAAAAUGCUGGAACUGAUGAGAGGGAAAAGGCUCGUUUUCGUGGGGGAUUCACUCAAUAGGAAUCAAUGCCAAUCCAUGGUUUGCAUGCUAAUGGGAGCUAUAAGAGGGCUCAGAGUCACCAAAGGAAAGAGGGGAUAUACUUUCACCUUUGUGGAUUACAAGUGUACAGUCGAAUUUUAUACGUCCCCUUUCUUGGUUGACAAAGGCAUGGCAAGAGUAGGACAGAAGCAGGUGCAGACCUUGCAAAUCGAUGCAAUUGAUCGUGCUUCAUCAAGGUGGAGAGGAGCUGAUAUUUUGGUAUUUGACACCGGACAUUGGUGGAAUGAUCACAAAACUAAUGCUGGGAUGAAUUUCUACCAGGAAGGUGGCAAAAUCCAUCCACACCUUGAUGUUUCCACAGCUCUCAGAAAAGCUAUGAUGACCUGGGGGUCAUGGGUUGAUAAAAACAUCAAUCCGCGUAAAACCCGAGUUUUCUUUCGAAGUUUAUCACCCACGCAUUUCAGGGGAGGUCAAUGGAAUACAGGCGGGAGCUGUACAGAAGCUACUGAACCCCUCCUCGAACUUUUGCGAAUUGCAGACGAGAGAAACAUAAUUGCAGAGCAGGUCGUUAAGCAGAUGAAGACUCGUGUGACUUUGUUGAACAUAACUGGCUUGUCAGAAUAUAGAGUAGAUGGUCAUCCAUCUGUCUAUGGUAAUUCUUAUGCUUCAGGGGUUCAGGAUUGCAGCCAUUGGUGUCUUCCUGGCGUUCCUGAUAUGUGGAAUGAAUUGCUGUAUUUUCAUUUGCUGCAGUAACUCACACUGCAAACCACUGUCUGUUUAUCAAAUUCAUUCAAUAAGUACAGAAUCUUAUCAAAAGAUAAAAUAAAUCAAUUCAACCCUUUUUUCAUCUCGAGAAAUGUUUUACAUAGAAUUUCCGGUUAUUACCAUCACAACAUGCCUCUCUGCGAUAGCAUUCCCGAACACAAACUACAAUACCGAACUGCUAGAAGAAUUCAAACUUAUUGUCUAUAAAUCCA